AUGUCGGCGCUCCACCUCCCCAGCUUCGGCCACCACCACCACCACCACCAUCAUCACGAUCCUCCCGCCGACAAAGCCGUGCCCGAAGUCCAGCACCAUCCCCUGUUUGGCGCCCACCGCCCUGGGGCCAAGGCCCCCGCGCCCAUCCUCACCGACCACGCGCCCCCCGACGCCCUCGACGCCCGCCCGCUCAUGGCAUCGCCCGUCGACAUGCACGCCCGGCCCGCCGGCCACUCCUACCCCGACUCGCCGCCGCCCGUCUUCAGCGCGUCAUACCCGUCGCCGCCGGCCUACGCCUCCGCUCCGCCCCUGAGGAAGAAAGACACAUCCGCGUCCGCGCCCGCACCCGUGCCCUCGCCCUCGCUCCCGCUCCCCGCGCCGUCCCACCGGCGCAGCGCCAGCGACCACAGGCGGCUCAGUAACACGGUCAACUACUGCGGCCGCCACUCCAACGACUGGCUGUUCAACGGCUUCAGCAUCCGCGACAGCGUGCGCGGGCUGCUGCGUGACGGCGAGCGCGACGGCAAGGCUCCUCCUAGCCAUGAUGACCCGCCCCGGCGUCGCUGA